GUUGCGAUAGUUUUUUCCCAAAAAGGAAACCGCGACUGAACGAGACGUGCUCGAUAGACCCCGGAGGUGCGGUGGCCAGGGAGCUUUCACUGGGAAAGUGACUCAGUCACCAACAGCCUCUUGUCAACUCCGAUCACCAGCGACCAAGUCGAGUGGUGAUGUGGGCUGUGUCGUUGUUAUUUGUUGCCGCCUCCACCGCCGUCUGCGCCGCCCCCGGCCCCCAGACAGCCGCCCCUGCCACCCCCAAUAAAUCUGCAUUCGUGCCCGCUUUUGACGAGAUAGUGGUUGAGUCCAGCCUGACAGUGCGGGGGCGCUCGGGCCCCACCUCCCCCACCCAGCGGCAGGGCCGUACCCGUCUACUAGUGGUGCCCACACCCGGCACCCCCCUUAACUCUACCUCACUUUCCUCCAACACCACCGACCCCACCACCACCACCACCACCACCACCGUAUCCACCACAACGUCUUCUACAACAACGUCAACCACCGAGAAAUCCUGAGGAGGGAGUCUUCCCAAUCAUUAUUUUUCGUCUAAACUUACAUUAUAAAAUGUGAAUUACUGUUUUAAAGAUGCUUUACCAGAUUCAACAUAUAUUAGCGAAUUAAAUUAUCUUCUUAAUCAAGUUAAUUAAUUUAGAUAUUAUUAACUUUAUGGCUGUACUUUUUACUUGUAUACAAUUAUUCUAUAAUUUGCGCAAGAUUAAAAAAUAAAGUUGAUUGGUGACACAAAAGAGUAAAAAGUUUGUAAUGUAGUUUUAAUAUAACUGUAAUUAUUAUUAUUAGUUAAUCGUAAAGAAUUUUUAUGGACUUAGGCAGUAAGGUCGUUUGAAGUUCUACAACUUUACUUUGUUUGUAUGGAUAGUAAUUUUUGUAUGAUAUUACAGUAAAAUCGAACCUUAAAACGUUUUAAACAUUGUAAUUUACACCACUAAAAGAAUGUUUAUAUUUUAUUAUUAAAAAUAUUUGUGCUGA